AUGGCAGCACUCUACCAACUGAUGCACUGUGUUCCAGUCAAAAACCGGCUACCUGGACAUCUACUGACCGCCGCUUUCCCCAAAAUAAACGACCUCGGCAUCUCUCCACCCCAUCCCAUGUGUAGUGUAUUGCGGAGGCGGGGAUCGCCACGCGACUUGCUUAUUAUGCGAUGCAUCGCGCUUUCACGACUUGCAGGAUAUUCCUGGAGACUUGAACUUGACCUUCCUCUUGACACUUUCUGCCUGCAACUUGUAUCUAUUUCACUGCUUGAGCCAGAAUACCCAUCAGCCUCAGCUCCAUCACACAUCGCGACCGCCAUCAUGGUAUCACAAAAACAGCCCGUCUAUGUCCUCGGGGUAGGCAUGACCAAAUUCAUAAAACCUCGAGGCAAGGUUGAUUAUCCCGAACUUGGCUUCGAAGCCGGUGUCAAGGCCAUGCUUGACGCGCAAAUCAACUAUGACGACGUCGAGCAAGGUGUCGCAUGUUACUGCUAUGGCGACUCGACAUGUGGACAGCGUGUGUUUUAUCAGUUUGGCAUGACAGGCAUUCCAGUAUACAAUGUCAACAACAAUUGCUCUACUGGUUCAACAGGUCUCUACAUGGGACGAAACAUGAUUGCUCACGGUGCUGCGGACUGCGUGCUGGUGGUUGGUUUUGAGAAGAUGUUUCCGGGCAGUCUUCAGACCUUCUUUCAAGACCGUACAAACCCCACGGCAACCACGAACCUGAUCAUGAAGGAGACAAGAGGCAUUACCAAGGCCCCUGGUGCCGCCCAACUCUUUGGCAAUGCGGGUCGCGAACACAUGGAGAAAUAUGGAUCUGAAUUGAGAGACUUUGCAGAAAUUGGACGCAUCAACCACGCCCACUCCAAGAACAACCCGUACUCGCAAUUUCAAGACGAAUACACCCUCGAACAAAUCAUGAACUCGCCCAUGAUACACGAACCCCUGACCAAACUCCAAUGCUGCCCCACCUCCGACGGCGCUGCCGCAACAGUCCUCUGCUCACAAGCCUUCCUUGACGCCCGCCCCGCGCUCAAAUCCCAAGCCAUUCUCAUCGCGGGCCAGCGCCUCGCAACAGACACCCCCGCACUCUUCAGCCGCAGUGCCAUCGACCUAGUUGGCUACGAAAUGAGUGCCCUCGCCGCAAAAGAAGCCCUCGCUGAAGCAAACGUCACGCCGGACGAUGUCUCCGUCUGCGAACUCCACGACUGCUUCUCCGCAAACGAAAUGGUCACCAUUGAAGCACUCGGUCUUGCCCCCAAGGGGAAAGCCCACGAAUUUGUUCAACCCGGGGGAAUCAACCAGGGGGGGAAACUGGUCCAUAACCCCUUCCGGCGGGCUCGAAUCAAAGGGUCUCCUCCUGGGUGCCACGGGGCGGGCACAAUGCGCAGAGCUGGUGUGGCAUAUGCGUGGAUGGGCAAACAAUCGCAGUGUACCCAAUACGAAAGUGGCAUUGCAGCAUAA